AUGGCUUGCCCUCGUGCCAUUGCCAGGAACUUGAUCGUUCUUUUGAUCUUCGCCGCCAUGUGCUUAGAGCUGGUCUCUGGUCGGCCGCAUGCCGCCCCUUCAUCGUCAACGGUUACGGCGUACAAUACAGCCGGCUGUCAGGAUAUACAGGUCGACGGGCAGGCGCAUCAACUUCAUGCCAGAGCCCUGCCAGCCAACUAUGAGAGUUUCACAAAGCGCGAGAAGCUCAUCAUCGGUCUCGGUGCCGGAUUUGGUGGAUUUUCUGUUCUUUUAAGCGUCCUGAUCAUCGUUUGCUAUCUCAAAAGCUGGCAUCGAACACUCCCAUCAAAGUUCACUCGCAGUGAUCAGCGCAGGGAUGCACCCAGGUCGAUGAUCCCUCAGGAUACUUUCCAACACCAUCACCGAUCGAUGUUUUCCAUCGGCACUCCUAAGAUGGAUUCGACGCCAUCUUAUGACCCCGAGAACGCACUCCAACAAACCUGUCCCUACCACCCAGGCCUUCCAAGCCCCAUGACCUCGUACUACCAACCGGUCGAAGUAUACCGCACCCUCAUACAACCAAAUAAACAUCCUCGACGCCCAGUCACGCCCAUCUCUGAAGCUUCGCAGAGCCCGACAUCGCCAGUUCCCGCCAUGCACCCUGCGCACUAUCGCUACAUUCCCCAGAAUCCGCAGAACACCCCAGAGCCGCCUACACCCGCCGAUUCUCAGAUUUCUCCCAAGACGAUUCCUCGUCAUAUGCUAUAUGCUCCACAACCCCGUCGCGUAGGGUUGCCCAGUAGCGUCCGGCAAUCUGCUGGGCUGGGAAUUGCUGUUUUACCACCUCCUCCUGCGGUAAAAGUCCGGCCUCUGCCGCUAAGGGAUUACUCCGAGACCCGCUAG